AUGACCACCACCACCGUUUCCGCCACUACCACUACCACUACCACCACUACUGCUACUGCCGCCACUGCUGCUUCCGCUACUGGCGGCAAUGGCACGAGAGGCCUUCGAAAUCAGACACAAGUGCCACCGUGGGUUUUGGUUAUGAUCAACAUUCAAUAUAACGGUUGCAUGAUUCAUUCGAAUGCUAAGGACAAUAAAUUAGAUCGAUUUUGCAUUGAUUGUGGUGCUUCGUUUUGUAAUAAAUGUAGUUCCAAUCACCAUGGACAUAAGUCCAUCAAGAUUCGUAGGUAUGUAUAUCAUGACGUCAUCAAUCGACCCGAUGCUCAAAAACACUUUGAUUGUUCAGGCAUUCAGGGUUAUGUAACAAAUAGAGCCAAAGUGCUGUUCUUGAAGCAAAGACGUGAUGAUCAGCAGCCGGUAAAAGAGCAACAUCAAAACACAAGGAGUCAUAACUGCAUCAUUUGCAAGAGAAGUUUACCAGAUUCACGAUACUGCAGUAUUCAAUGCAAAGUUUCUGCAAUGUACAAUACUGGAAACAUGGAAGAGGCUGGAGUUGAUAAGAAUGUAAGCAGAAAGAAAGGUGAAGAGUCAGAGAAAAAUUUAUAUGAUGCUAUGGAAGCUCAAGCUCCUACUAAAUUAAUGCCUUCCAAGAGAAAAAGAUUACGAAAAGGGUUCCCACAUAAGGCACCAUUGUUCUGA